UGAAGUCACGGCUCAGGAUGGGGCGGGCGCACAGGUUUAAGAGCUGCUGAACAUUCACGGUUUAGGGUGGGUCACACUGUUAGUUAUUUUGUGUUCUACUUUGUUUUUCUGUUAUCCCCUCUGUAACAGUCUGUAACCCAAGGAGAGACACGCCGGGACAGUAGGUGUCGGUAUGCACCUACAUUUCAGGUUGCGAUAAACAAAGAAGAAGAAGAAGAAGAUGGCCGAAAGAAUGGGUGUAUUGGAUCUUUCGCUGCUACUUUUACUGUCAUCAGUGGCCUUUUUACACUUACUUAUAUGCCCGUUCACAAAAGUGGAAGAAAGCUUUAAUCUGCAGGCGGCCCAUGAUCUCCUAUAUCACAGAUUGGAUUUUGACAAGUAUGACCAUCAUGAGUUUUCUGGUGUGGUGCCUCGAACUUUCAUUGGUCCCCUGUUUAUCUCCACUCUAUGCUCCCCUGUUGUCUUUCUGGCUUCUCUGCUGGAUGCACCAAAAUUCAACACCCAGCUCAUCGUCCGAGCCUCCUUGGGAGUAUGCGUCAUUGGUGCGUUAUGGCACCUGCAGAGAGAGGUGAGGAAGCAAUUUGGCUCCACGGUGGCGAUCCUUUUCUGUCUGACAUGUGCAUCGCAGUUUCACCUAAUGUUCUACAGCACCAGGACGCUCCCUAAUGUGUUUGCAUUACCAAUAGUUCUUAUAGCAUUCACCUCGUGGAUGGCUCACAAAUACGGCAGCUUCAUCAGCCUCUCCGCUUUUGCCAUCAUUGUGUUCCGUUCCGAGCUCUGCAUGUUCUUGGGUCUCAUGUUGCUAGUAUCACUCCUGAGCGGGAAGCUAGGGUUAUUAGAGCUUUUUUACCAUGCUGUUCCUGCGGGAUUGCUAUCACUAGCUCUAACAGUGGCCGUCGACUCUGUAUUUUGGAGGAAACUUUUGUGGCCAGAAGGUCAGGUUUUAUGGUACAACAGCAUUGACAACAAAAGCUCCAACUGGGGAACCUCUCCCUUUCUAUGGUAUUUUUACUCCGUUUUACCCCGCGCACUUGGAUGCACACUGUUGUUAGUCCCGUUGGGCCUGCGGGAUCAGAGGAUGAGGCGCCUAUUGCUGCCAGCUGUCGCCUUCAUCCUUGUAUACUCGUUGCUGCCUCAUAAAGAGCUGCGCUUUAUCAUGUACACUUUCCCUGUGUUCACUUUGAUGGCUGCCAGAGGAUGCUCUUUCAUUUUGUGCAACUACCACAAAUCCUGGAUGUAUAAACUUGGAUCAGCUGUCGUGGUGGGUCAGCUGUUGUUGAACGUCUCCUACACCAGUGUCAGCCUGUUUGUUUCCUACCACAAUUACCCAGGAGGCCGAGGGAUGCAGGAGCUACACCGGCUGUUGCCUGCCACAGCAGACGUCUUUGUUCAUGUUGACGCCUACACUGCUCAAACUGGAGUGUCUCGCUUCAUGGAGCAGCAUCCACACUGGAGAUAUGACAAACGAGAGGAUUUGAGCCCCACAAGUCCUGAAAUGAAAAUGUUCUCACACCUGCUGAUGGCGGUAAACGCCACAAAGAUUCUUCUACUCCAGGACACUCACAGACCUCUGACAUUUAUCGAAGGCUACAGCAAUAUCGCUCUCAACUUGUUUCGUUUCCCUCCUGUCAGUGUUAGACUGGAGAGAAAAAGUGUGCUGAUGCAGAGCAUGGCGUUCAACGGGUCAGAGGCGUCAGCUUAAGAUGCUUGUGUUACGGAGUAGACAAUGAUACAUUACCGAUUGACAAGAGGUAUUCUUCAGCAUUUAUGCAGAGGUGCAAAAAUCGGGUAAGCACUACAUGCAGUGCAUAGGGGGCUAUUUACAGUCCGCAAUUUGUGUAUUCAACAGCUGUUUGUGCGUGUGUAAAGGAUAUGAUCGAUAACAGAGGCACGCCAGUCAUUACUAUGCCCCUCCUAAUAAAUAGAUAAGAUGUGAAUUUCUCUUGCAGAUGAAUAAAGUAUCUAAGUAUUCGUCCUACAUAUCUUUUAUUUCAGCCGGAUGUUAGGAUCCUUCCGUUUGAAUGGGUUAAACUUGAGCUUCACUUUUGUCCACUUGAAAUCGCUAGGAAGUAAAUGUGCAUAUUAAUUUGAUACCAAAUUGAAAGGGAAAGCUGGGUUAGCCUGAACAAACACGAUAAAGCAGUAUCCAAAGUACAAAAAUACAUCCAAGCAGCAAUAAAGCCAAAUUUUCUGGGGAAUCUCCACGCUGUCAUCAUGAGACGCACAUGCAUUGACAGGUUAUCGCAGUGGUAAUUGGUAAUAUGAGUUAAACGUUCAGUUUCAAUGAUGUUUAGGUCUGGAGGCUGUGAAGGCCAUUCAAUAACUUUCAGCUUGCGUUUCUUGAGGUAGUCCGUGGUGGAUUUUGAGGUAUGUUUAGGGUCAUCACCAUCCUGUUGUAGAAGCCAUCCUCUUUUCAGCUUCAGAGUUCUAUGUUAACUUCAUGAGUCCACAGCACUUGUUUCCAAAAGUUAUCAGGCUUCUGUAGAUGUUCUGUUGCAUAUUUCUGACAUAAGGAUGCAGGUAAGGUUUUCUUCUGCAGAGGUCUUCUUUGUGCAAGGAUCGCCACACAGUGGAAGGAUGCACCACCACUCCUGAGUUUGCUAAAUCUUCCUUCAAGUCUUUUUGAAGUCAAAUGUGGGUUUUGAUUUACCUUGAUUUACCUUUCUGACCAGGCUACGAGCUGUUCUCUCAGUUUCAUUGGUCUUCCAGAUCUCAUCUUGACCUCCACAGUUCCCCUCACCAGCCAUCUUGUAAUUAUACCUCCCACUGUGGAAACUGCAAGCUGAAAACGCUUUGCUAUCUUCUUGUAGCUCUCCCCAGCAUUGUGGGCAUGAGUGUUUCCUGUCUUAGAGGAACCCAUGGUUGCUGAGUAUUUGCACCAGGUUUGUGGAGUUGCCGUGUUUACGAAAACCUGAAAUUGGCACGAGCUCUAGCUGGUGCUCCUUCAUGACAAUUGUUCACACAUGCUUCAGGGCUAAUGAACUGGUAAAGGUCUGAGCUUGUAAAAAGAAUCUGACACUUUGAAACUCUCAGGGGGCCCCGACUUUUCACAUGCCAAAAUGAUUUUAUUUUUGUAAUUUUGUUCAAUUUCUGAAAUAAAAUGUAACUCUGCAUUGUUUCCUCAUAGUGUC